AUUCCUUCUCACCCUUGCAAGUUGCAACCCUAGGACCCACAUAUUGAUAAAUUUCUUAUCGAUAAGCCGACAGUUUUGGAUUUCCACUUCUUCAAGAUUUCACGAUCGUCCCAUAACCCGUUGUUCAUAACACCCUGCUUACAGAUAUUACGAGAUGGACGAGAUUAGAGAGGGCGAAAUGGCUGAAGCCCAAUCGGCUACGCAGAAACGCCAGCAGCUUUCCAAGGGCAUGGAACACCUCCGCAGCGUUGUCACCGUCGACGACCUCGCCGAGUCAGCCCCAAACACCGUUGCCGAGACCGAUAAAGCAUCGACAGCUUUUGAACCGGUCCGGGUACUGCCUCAUCGCUCUCACGACCCCGGAAACAAUCUCAAGCGCAGCGAUCCCUUCCAAUUCGGGUCACGAUACCUCGAGCAAGGGGACAACAUCUUCGAGUUUAAUGCCUGGGACCACGUAGAGACGGACGAUGCGUAUAAAGAGUUUAUGGAAUCACAAUAUGCGAAGCAGCGGGAGUCGCCUGUUUCAGAGGCGGAUAAAAUCAAGUACAAUUCCGCGCCGGAGACGUGGUGGGAUAAGUUCUACGCUGUAAACACGUCCAAUUUCUUCAAGAACCGAAACUGGUUGUUCCAGGAGUUUCCGGUGCUUAAGGAAGUUACUCAACCGACUGCGGGUGAGAAGGUGCUGCUCGAAGUGGGAGCAGGAGCAGGAAAUACGGCCUAUCCGAUAUUGGCAAAUAACGAAAAUCCGACCCUGAGAAUCCACGCGUGCGAUUUCUCCAAGAAAGCUGUGGAAGUGAUUCGAAGCAACGAGGCGUACGAUGGCAAGAUGGUUCGAGCCGACGUCUGGGACGUUGCCGGUACUGGCGACGCGUCCUUACCGCCUGGCAUUGAAGCGGGGACCGUGGAUGUAAUUCUAAUGAUUUUCAUCUUCAGCGCGUUGUCUCCAGACCAGUGGGCGCAGGCGGUUCGAAAUAUAUGGACGUUGCUGAAGCCUGGCGGCGAGGUCUUCUUCCGGGAUUAUGGCCGUGGGGACCUAGCCCAGGUGAGGUUCAGGAAGGGGCGGUAUAUGGGGGAGAAUUUCUACGUGAGAGGAGACGGGACGAGGGUCUAUUUCAUGGCUAAGGAGGAGCUGGAGAGUAUCUGGAGCGGUGAUGAAGAGUUUUGGAGUCAGAACAGGCAAAACUGGAGGAAAAGUCAGGCAUGUCAAGAGGAUGACGGUGAAAAGGACAUUAGCACAGAGCACGGGGAAGAAGCAAAAGAGAGGUCGGAGAAGAAAGAUCAGGAGACAAUGGAGGCAAUGCCUAAAUUUGAUGUGCUUGAGGUCGGUGUCGACAAUCGGAUGCUGGUCAAUCGGCAGCGAAAGCUCAAAAUGUUCCGCUGUUGGCUUCAAGCACGCUUUCGCAAACCGAAAGAAUGAUGACACCUAUUUUCUCGGAUUUGGGCAACCGCUCAUGGCUCAAUCAACCUUAUGUCUACAAUUGUCCAUAUUGCGGUGACAAUAUGGCCUGACAUACUCUCCGUUUAUUGCAUUGCUGCAUCAUCAUGCCUCAUCAAAGAUCGGGAAAUGGCCACGGAACAAGAGCAACUUUGCCAUUCAUUCUCUACUGGCGUUAAACUGGAUAGU